AUGAGUUUAAUUUUCUCAACCGAAAAUGGAUGGAUAAUAUCCCAUUUAAAAUAUCUAAAUAAUAUUUAUACAGACGUAAAAGAUGGUAACACAGAGUGCAAAUUAAUUUUUAAUAAAACAUUAUUUGAAAUAAAUUCACAAUAUUUAAGACAAAAUCAAAUAAUUCAAUCUGAGCAACAGGAAGGAAUUUCAUUACAAAGUAAAACUAAAAAAAGAAAACGAUCAAAACUUUUACCAGAGGAAGAUUUGAAAGAAAUAAAUUAUAUCAAACAAAUGUUUAACAAAAUAAUUUCAAUUGGAAAAAUGGAAGGAUUAUUUCCUACUAACAUAUCAUCUGAUAAUAAUGAAGCAGCACGUUUGGCAUCACAAAGAUUUUAUCAGGAUACAUUUAGCAAUGAAAUCGAAAAUUUUUAUGGUUGUAAUGAUACAGAUGUAGUUAUUACAUCAGAAUUAAAGGAGAAAAGAUAUGUUUUCCCCCAAAAAUGUAAAUUUUAUUGCUAUGAUGUGAGAGAUAUUACAAAAAAACUGGAGCUAAACAACCAAUAUGAUUUUAUAUUGUUGGAUCCUCCUUGGUGGAACAAGUCCAUAAGAAGGAAAAAAAGCAAAUAUUCAGAAGCUAGCUAUAAAAUGAUGUACAAUGAAGAGUUAGCCAAGAUACCAAUUGGCAAAUUGUUAUGUUCAAGUGGACUUGUAGCAAUAUGGUGCACAAAUGCCCCAAGUCAUCUACAUAGUAUUUUUAACAAUAUAUUUCCAUCUUGGGGUAUUACAUAUAGAGCAAAAUGGUAUUGGGUUAAAAUUACUGAAGCAGGAAAUACAAUAUGUAAUUUUAAUAUUGCACCUGGUAAACAACCUUAUGAACUGCUAGUUUUGGGUUCUAUAUUAAAUGGAAAUGAAAUAAAUAUUCCUGAUGGUAAAUUGUUAAUAAGCGUACCAAGUGCAGUACAUUCUCAUAAACCACCACUCACAGAAAUUAUGAAGGAGUAUCUUCCAAAUGAACCAAAGUGUUUAGAAAUAUUUGCAAGAUAUUUACUUCCUAGAUGGACAAGUUGGGGUCUUGAAGUGUUGAAAUUUCAACACUUAUCAUUAUAUACUAUAAUAGAAGAAAGAAAAGAAAUUGAGAACAACAUUAAUAUGGAUGUAAAUAAAUUAAUUAAUUAG